AUGGCUGGUACACAGCCCGUGCCGGGCACUUUAAAAGGCCUCGAAACCCUCGUCCAGACGUCCAUCAGCCUCAUCAAGCAAUUUGAAGAGGUUUUGAACCAAGCUGCCCGAGGCCAGUUGACGACGACCCCGCCAUCGCCGACCAGCGACACCCCGCCACAGUCGCAGUCCAUCGAUGCUUUGUCCCUCGCCCACGACUCUGCCAGUCUGAUUCGCGCUCACAGCACCAAGCUCUCGCUCCUCAUAAUAAACAAACCCUUCACCCCUUCCGCUGUGGUCAAGGUCCUGCAGGAGCUCGUUGCUGGACCCAUUCCCGGUCUUGCGUCCGCCGUUCAGCUCUGCGCUGCCGACAGAUACACGUCAACUGUGCGAGAAGAUUUGGCCUGGCGAUGCCAUCGCGUUCUGAAAGAAUUACGGGGGCUGAUCGAGGUGAUUCCCCUGGAUGGUAAUAUUCUGUCACCAGAGAAGAGGGAUGGCGUCAAGGGGGACAAGGGAAGCCUUACCGUUACCGGAGUCAUCUGGGCUGCUUGCGACGACGUGAUCCAGCUCCAGAAAUUUGGAGUCGCAAAUCUUUUGAUAAAAAAGGUGCAACAGUACCGGGAUACCCUCCAGGAUGUACUUGACGAGCUCAAGGAGUGGAAGGAGGAGGGCGAGCAACGGGGCGAUGACGAUGACGAGGAUGGCGAAGAGCCCGAGGAUGAGGUCGAGUACGUCACGAACCAGCUGGAUACAACGCACCUCUCGGCCCAAGACAUGGUCGACGAUCUCAUGAAUACCCGGCAUAUUCCACGUAAUGAUUCCGACAAGAUCGGCGAGCGCCUGGAAGCCUGCCUGAAGCGACUGAGGCUCACAACGCUGCUGUACGCUGCUAUCGUGAAAAGGCGCCUCAAAGUGUUGCCGCUACUCCCAGCAAGCGAGUCAUCGCCAGUGCCUAGGAGGUUAGAUGAGGUACUGGCUAUUCUAAAGCGCCUGACGGACCGCUUCAACGAGGUGGCAUGUGCCUUUUAUGACUUGGAGCCGGAUGCCAUCGACCAGAGCAUGGAUGCAUGCUUCUUUGAUGCGUUCGCUGCUUCCGAGAUGCUGGUCAAGCCUUGGGAUGGAGAAAGGGAUGAGUUCACAGACUGGGUGCAGAAGUUCCAAGUCAGCAUCAAGAAGCCAGAAUAG